AUGACGAACAACGACGACGACGGCCCUGCACGCCCCUUGUUGAGCGACCGCCUGCCGCUGCUGUGUCUCAAGGCCGAGUACGCAGGCAACGUGAAUGCCAACUUCACGCACGGCAUCGAGUUGCUCGACACGCGGUACGCAGCGCUGCGACGCGUGCGCGGGGACGGCAACUGUUUCUUCCGGAGCUUUAUCUUUACGCUGUGCGAGCAUUUGCUGCCGUCGCGAGGCGCAGACGACAGCAACGCAGCGCUUCGCAGUCGCAUUCAGCACAAGAUCCAGCAGAGCAAGAGUGAGCUCGUAGCUCUCGGGUACAGCGACGUGGCGAUUGACGCGUUCUGGGAGACGUUUGUCGAGUACUUGGCGGCUAUGGAGACGCGAUCGCAUGCAGAGCUGGUGCAGGACUUCCAGACAGAAGGCGGUGAAGCGGAGUACCUCGUGUGGUACAUGAGGUUGCUGACUGCUGGCUACAUGAAGAAGAACGCCGAGAGGUUCCAGCCCUUCAUUGACGGACUCUAUCCGGGGCAAACGGUGGCACAGUUUUGUUCGACAGAGGUGGAACCGAUGGGCAAGGAGUGUGACCAGCCGCAGAUUGCAGCCUUGACCGAAGCUCUAGAGGUGGGCGUGAAGAUCGAGUAUCUGGACGGAAGCGCAGGUCCCGGGGAACCACUUCAGAGCUACCUGUGCUCGACCGUGGAUGCAGCCGAGCGACAAGUACCUGUCUUCAUCACGCUUUUGUACCGGCCGGGACACUAUGAUAUCUUGUAUCGUCGAAAAGAUGGAAACAAGUCCGAGCACGCGACGUGA